GAUGACUAUUCUCGACGCGGACAACGUCUCGAUUGCUACUGUGGCAGCCCGAAGGUUGCUCGAAUGUCCGCGUCGUCGUCGCCGUCGUCGUCGUCGUCGUCGUUGUCGUCGUCGUACCUGCGUGUUUCCGAGGCUCGAGCAUGUUCGAAAGUUACUGCUGAUGACCCAGACUCGAGCGCGAUCGAGCAUGAAAUCAAUUCGAGCCGGUGAGACGCGAACGGAAGGCGGUUGAGCAUUCGCUGGAGGCAUCUCGCGAUAAUCUUGAGCCCUUCCGAACCGAACGGUGAAUCCAGAUCAAUCGAAACGAACAAACCGAGCUGCUACACGUUGGUAUCGCUGAACUUUCGGUGGGGACGUUACUCGGGGUGUUUGAAAAUUCGUCGAGGAAAGUCAGGCGACGUCGCGUCGCCUUGCAGUCCGUAGUUUUUAAAAGUCCGGGCGUCAUCGAUAAACCGAGCGAGAUUGUUUAUCGUUCGCGCGAGGCCUGUUCUUCGUUGACACCGAUUAAGCCCGCAUCCAAGAAAUGCUUAUCGAGCGAAUCGUUUCCUACCGAGCUGCCAGACGCGAACGACGCCGACGCGUACCGACUCCCGUCACCUGCCGCCGUCUCCCGCGUGGAAUGGAUCGCCGGAGGAUCGUUUGUCACGACGCGAUGAAUCUUUCGAUCGACAAACACGACCCAAGUGAGUCAAGUAUCUAUCUUUUCGCCAAUUGUUUCGCGAUGGUUUAAAAGUAAUCUCCUCGAUUUGUGAUUUUCAAUGCAACGCGCGAAAAGAAAAAAACUUUUUCGUUGACUCUGUGCAAGAUUUACAAGUUUCGAAGGAACUGGACGAGGAAGAUCGCAACAAAAACUCAUCAUUUUAUCGAAAGGGAAUCGAAUCUCCAUUCCAAGGAACAGCUGCAUGUUUGCCAAGGGACCAACAGCCAAGAUCGCCGAGCAGAGUCGGUGACGUUAAAGUUUUGGCCGUGAAUACCGAUGCGAACGUCUUAAAAGAAGAAACGAAGAACCGGGUGGAUCGCUUUGCGCGCGUUGGAAAUAUGACCGCUAAAUAUAGCCGGAAGAAUUUCCGUGGCAUCCACGCGGUCGUCUGCUUCGCGAACGGUUUUGCUCGAUUUUCGUAGGGGCGAUUUAUGCGAAACGAGUGCGGGACCGGCUCGUCCUCGCCGUCCAAGUUUCACGUUACGCGUGGAUUUCUGGAUUUCCUAAGCUCUCGUGGAAAAAGAUGCUCAUCACCAAGUAUACCACCAUUUUGCUGCAAUCUACCAAUCAGCACAUCAUCAGGAGCGAUGUUUUCCUGGAACCGUAUUUGCAGCAACACGGAACCGUUCAAGUUGUCAGCUCGCCGAGCACGCCUCCACCGAAUCCGUUGCAACAUCAUCAGCUUACGCAGCUACAUCAUGUACAGAGCGAGGAGUCGUUUUCCUCGGAAGGCUCAGCGACUUCCGGCGGAUCUUCCAACUCCACGGAAGAUUCUGGGAGCGAGAUCGCCUGCGACAUCACUCUGAUCGAGAGGCUUAUACGCUCCCAUCCGAUUUGGUUCCUUCCCGGCAUCCAAAGGGCCGGUGCUUUCCACUUGUUGCAAGGCAAAGAGGAAGGGAACUUUGUCGUCCGCCAAUCGAGUCAGACCGACACGAUGGCCCUCUCUGUACGAUUGCCACCGGGAAAGGGACCGUACAUCGAACAUUACCUGAUACAAGCCAACAAGGGGAAGCUGAGCUUGGAAACCAGCGAGAACAGGUUCGACAACAUCCCCUCGUUGAUCGCCCACUAUUCUCAGUGCUGCAGUGACGAAUUGCCGGUCCAAUUGAUACUGCCAAGGGCGAUGCGCGAAGCUAAAAAUAGGCAGCAACUCUCCUCGUUGGCACUUUUGGGUCAGGAAUUCUGGAGAUACCCGAUGGCAAACCCGAAGCCGCCGGAAAGUAGCAGCAGCAACACUUCGAGCUUGAGUAGCUUUCGUGGCGGCCACAACAACAAUAACAACAACGUUCGCACACCCACAACGGAAAGUAUAGUGCUGAACCUUGCGCCGAUACCAUCGCACGAUACGCGAAGCUCGUCACCGACGACCACCGUCGCCACAUCGACGUUCGUAUCGUCGUUGCCUCGGCAGCCGCGGCCAACACCGCCCAACACUUUGAACUUGACGACUUUCAACGAGCCCUUGGACGCUAAGAAAAAGGACAAAAUGUCCCCGGGAGAUAAGCUCUCGCGGAAACUCAUCUCGCCGAAUCUGGUUCAGAGCGUGCGUUGUCCCUCUCCGAUAGUCCAUAACGUGGAGAACAACGUGCUGAGCCCCGUUCAAGACCCCAAGGUCAACUACGAGGCGAAAUGCACCGCGGAAACGUCAAAUUCGACGGUGAUGGAGCUAUGUAGGAGCAGAUUUUCAAAUGUCCACCAGAACGUUUCUACGUUCAAUAACCUGUCCUGCGCGAAUUCACCGGUGCUGCCAGACCUCAGGAGCAUCGUCGGAGAGAACCAUGCGAUCGGACAAAACGCGAGGACGCCGCCUCCGCCGCCUCCAAGGUGGGCAAAGCCGGGACACGCGCAGAACAAUUUCACGGUGACCACCACGGUGACCUUCAACGUAAACCAGACGCAUGAGCUCAUCGGUUCGCAGAAUACUCCAUCUGACCCAAACACGUCUUUGUUGAGCCCCCAGAGCGUAACCUCCAACAGAUCACUCGCUUCGAACUUGUCCGUGAAAUCUCCGUUGUCGCCAACGACGCCCGUGCUCUCCCCGAUGUCGAAGCUAGUCCCAAACACCGGCAUCAAAACGCCCAACGUUCUCUCGCCGACGACACCCUCCAGUACGAGCAAAUCGAAGCGGAGGCGAGAUCGAGAGGCUCGCAAAAAUUCCCAACACUAUCAAGAGUCGGACAUUCUGGAAUCGUACUACCGUAGUUCGCCGGGCGACAAGAUCUCGGACUACGAAGACAUCUGGAACACGACCGAUCAAUCGAAUCAUUCUACCUGUUCGCCGAACGACAAACUUCCACGGAACGAUGGUCCCACGAAUUGUCAGGAACGGUUGCGAAACUCAAACGAUCGGCUGAUGGUUCCGGAGAAAGCGUUGAAUCCGGCCGAGAGGAACUCGAACGAUCGAUUACCAACGAAUGAACAGUUGAUAGCGAGAAACAACAGAAUGAUCGUGCGUAACGAAAAGUCGAUCGUGAACGAGAAGCUAAGUUACAGGGAGACGACCAGCCCCGAGUUCAGCAGUUUCAAACCUAUGCAAGAGGUCAAACCUGCCGACCAGGGGAACGGCUCACCGGAGGAAACAGGAAUGGGAAGGAGACCCGAUCUGUUAUCCCGAGUUUGUAGCGCGAAUUCGUUAAACAGUCCGAGUACGGUAACGCCUCCGAGGAACAAGCUUGGACUGAUGCUGACGAAAUCGGAAAGCAACAGCCCUCUGACGCCAGAGUCGAAACAAGGCAGUCCUUUUUACGCGGAACCAGCUGACGCUAUCGCUCAAAAUACAGUGGUAAUACCCAGAAGACGGCCGCGGAACAACCCAGCGACGAACAAGUACCGACACAGCGAGCCUGGUUGGCUGCAAACACCGACAGGCGGAAACCCUAAUCAGCUUCAUCCGAUCGAUUGGGAGGAAUCGGAGGAAACUGAGGACAAGACGCCUCUGAUAUCAUCUUCGGUAGAUAAUCUGGCGAAACGACUCGGCACCAAAGAGACGAAGAAGAUUCCUCGCGCAAAGCCAGUCCAGCCGCCAAAGAUCAGAACGAAGAUGUUGAACGAUACGUCCUGGGCUGUAGACUCCAGCUGGGAAUUCAUUGGUAACGAAGGGGACGACUGCGAGCCAGACUACGACUGUGAUGUGGAUUACGAGGGCGAUAACGUGGCCAGGAAGUUUCCGGACGAGGAGUGCGAAAAAGACGUUGUUGGGAACACAUUGACCGUUCAAAGUAUCAUUCUCCAACGGUACCCACAGCUGUUGAAACCACCGGACACGUCGGAGUCGCUGUACAGCGACAGAAACUCCUCGUACGACAACGUCGAGAAGAGGAACGAGAAAGAAGACACCGUUGACUCUAGGAAGGACCAAAUGUACGAUUCCUCCGAAUGGGAAACGCCCGUAGAGACGGACGAAAGCGACGCGGAAAGGAAGAACAAGAACAUCAAGGAACGCCUGGACUCCCUUCUUUCUACACCACGACUACAAGCUCUCCGAAACCGUGAAAACGGUGGCACCGGAUCUACCAUAAGGUUGUACGCUCUUCAACUGGCGGCAGAUAAAACGACCACCUUUUCUCAAAACAUCGACAACUUCAUCCAGUGUACGAAAGAGGGUAAAGAAGCCAGUCCUCAUGUCGUGAUGAGGAAUAUGCGGCAGUUCAUGUCCGGCAUGAAGAACUACCUGGUGAAGCACGGCGAAAGGGAGUUCGAAAAGGAGGUGGAGAAGGAAAGACUGAAGCUGAAACCAAACGAGUUUCUAAAUUUGGACGCUAUUCUGGAAGGAGUGAUGAUGGGCCUCGUGGUGAGGCCGCUCAGGGAACACGUUUACAGACUAUUCGUGGAGCAUUACGCAGCCACUGGCUCGCUGCAAACCCUUGCCGAGAACAUUCUGCACGCCCAGGGAAAGCACGUUCAGGAUCUCGGUGUUCGACCAAAGAUCAUUCCUCCCUCGGAACCGAGUUUGGAGCGAAUUCUCAAGUACAUCGAUCGUCUUCAGAAGGCGGAUUCGCCUCUGGAUAAGCUGGAGAAUCUCCUCGCAGCCAUUUCGGCGAUCUUCAAUUCCGUAAAGCUUGCAAACUCUGGCCGACAUGUAACGCUGGGCGCAGACGACCUUCUACCUCUUCUCGUUUGGGUCUUAGUCCGCGGAAAAGUCGUGGACGCCGAGGUAGAAGCCGAGUAUAUGUGGGGACUGCUUCAUCCCUCCCUUCUCACCGGUGAGGGAGGUUACUACCUGACAACGCUGUCCAGCGCAGUUCAUGUUUUGAAAACGUUCAAGUCAAGCCAAGGAACGAUGUCCACGUUGAACGGAUGCGGAACACCUGACUGCUCGUCCGUACUGCGAAUCUUAGUACCAGACGAACUGCACGGAUCCUUAAACACCAGAACGCUACCAGUGCGACCCAACAUGAACAUUAGAGAAAUUUGUCGUAUCCUUGCGCAUAAGAUAAGGUGCACCAAUCCUCAAGACUACGGUCUCUUCAAGUUAGUCCACGGUGAAGAAACUUUACUUGGCGACCACGAAUGUCCACAAGAGCUCUCUCAUUGCCUUUUCGCUUAUAAGCGAAUCGAUGCCAAGAUAGCCUGGCCAAAAACCACCUCUUAACCCAUUGGGGACGCGUGUCGGCAAAUAGCCGUCCAAAGACGCUCGCUCGUCGAGCGGCACCGGCCGCAAAGGGUUAAUAGGUAUUACAGUAAGAAUCAGUGAUCUCGAUUUCAUAGUAACGAAAUUAACGAAAAUUUAAAGCUACUGUUAAUUUCGUUACUGCACUAUUUUACUUUAAACCUCAUUCUCCAUUUUCCAAAUUCUUAUACAAUCUCGAGCACAAACCCCCUAAUUAAUUAAAUUGAUUUAAUUUAAUUAAUAAGAUUUAAACACUGCCAAGUGUAGACAGAAUAUAAGUGCAACGAUGCGUCAAUAUAAGCGCGAAAAAAUACGGAAUUUUAUCGGGAACAGUCCGUGUACUUAAAUACGACCAAAGCUUUUCAUCGAAAGGACAAGCGAAUGAUAAAUGUAAUCAUGUUCGUCUUCGUUUUUAUUCGCAAAGUAUUAAUCCAACGAGUUGCGAAUGCUAAUCUAGAACGAUAUUAUUACGCAUCCAGUCAUCGAUAUACAUAUAGUUACAGGUAUCGUCGCGUUUUAUUUCGAUGCUUCUCCAACGAGCAUCGAAAGUAAAAUAAACUUCCGUAUCGAACUUCGUUAACUAGCAAUAACAAAGAUGAAUAUUUCAAAGAUGAAAAAAUUCACCCUAGCGCAGAGCCAAAGGAUCGAUUCUUGAGCUGAAAUAACAAAAUACAAUCGGCCCGUUAACAUUCAUUCGGAUCUCAUUUACUGCCGAGCAGGUAUUUGAACGUUGAGUUGGCUAAACGGAGAACUCGCGUCUCUCUUUCUCUCUCCCCUCUCUCCCUCUAUACGAUCAAUUUGUUAAUCAAUACUAGGAUUAUUUCACCUUCACGAAAUUUCGCCCGACCGACUGCUUGCUUUUCGCGAUCGGUCCACGUAAUGUAAUACAACGAGAGAAAAAAGGUAUCAUCGUAUAUUACUCAGUAUUACUUCAGUAUUUUGUAAAGUUCUAACAAGAAUCGAACGAUCAAUCAAGUUUCGUGUAUGUACACACGAAUAGUGUUCGAAUCGAGGAUGCUACGAUCAAGAAUUUUGUUCAACUUCUCGCAAUGAAAAUUCUGCACAGAAAAAUCGUAGACGCUCUUCGAACUCGAAGCUCAUUCUGCAAAUAAUCACUGUAUGUUAACUACAGGGUGAAGCGCCUAAAACAGAAUGCCUAUACAUAUUCGUAAUCUUUUACACGUGAAAACCUUGUGGCGAGUGACGUUUGUUAACGUUCAAAUAAACAAAAUAAUUCAUCUCAGUUUCUUGUCUCGUAGGAAUCUUAAACGCGAAGAAAAAUAUCUUCGCUUUCUACGUUUCCAUCAUAGAUAUUGUGAUAUUUUAAUUAGUAAAUAAAGACGUAAUGCCAUUAAUACAAAAAUAUUUCUACUAAAUUUCUACGCGUAACUUUCUUUAAUAAAAUGUUUCAACCUUAAACCUUUUAAGAAUUUAGAAAUCAGAUUUAAUACGAUACAAUUGUUUUUAAAUGGAUACAUAACGGAAGUAACUGGGUGUUCUUUUAUAGGCACUUCAAGCCUAAAAUAUAAUCGAGUAAAACCAUAAGAAACUUCCUGAUACAAAUUAAUUAAACUUAAAGCACGAAAGACUAGUUUAGAAUCUAUUUUAAGUACUUUGUACGAGACGCGGCGGAUUACUGGAUAAGCAAUCUGUACUUUAGACGAACGUCGCAUAUUUAUUGGAAGUUGUACACAUAUUUUAUUAUCUGUCGGACGUUUUCUUACGCGCGUGUCGCUCCUUCUCUUUUCCGAAUCUGCCAGGCUGAUUUGGUCACCAAUCUUAAAGGCUGUGGAAAUAAUCUCACAAAAAAACGUGAAAUUAAUUAACGAACAGCUAUUCAGUGUUUUUAAUAAAGCGAGGGAUAGCGAGACAAAAAUUGUUAAAGAGAAGAGGAGCAAAAUAUUUUACUACUGAAACUCGUACAAAUCAGCCUUGCACGUUAUUUUCAUGAACGAUGUGUAGCUCUCGAUACGUCUAAUAAUAAUAUUAGUGAUUUAUCAUUGUACAUUUCUCGUAUCAUACCUAAUUUAUUACAAAGCGUUUUUAAUACCUGUUUAUCGUAAUUGUCCCUCCGUAUUAAACGUGCUUUCGAUCCUUCUCUAAUUGAUUACGAUUAACUGUAACGUUAAUGCUUCUAAUAUGCUAGUCAAGCCGAUUACAAAUCAGGAGUUUGUAAAAGUACCGUUUUUAAAUGUAACAUCGUGAUAGUUUUAUUUGUUGAAAGGUAUAUCAUUGAUUAUCAUUACUUUCACCAUUAUUAAUAUUAUUAUAAUUAUUACUAUUGUAACAUGUAACACUAUGCUCAAUAAAAACUUUUAUAUAA